AGUCAGCUUGCAUAUUAGUAGAUCUCCCUUCACAUGGUCCCAGCUCCCCUAGGAAACCUAUAGCACACUCAGGAGAGGCCAUGCAGUACCCCAAAGAGAGAUUAUUAUUUCUGGCAGUAUGUACCUUGCUGUCAGUCCUUCUCACCUUCAGCUCGGUCCAUGGAUUUAACUUGGCGGAGGAGCAACUAGCAGAUUACACAGGUCCAGAUGGAAGCUUGUUUGGAUUCUCAGUGGACUUCUACCUACCAGAUGCACAGAGUGUCAGCAUCUUGAUUGGGGCCCCAAAGGCUAAUACUAGUCAGCCUGAUGUGGUCGAAGGAGGAGCAGUUUACUAUUGCCCAUGGAUGAAUGAUGAUCAAAACUGUACAACCAUUGAGUUUGACAAAAACGGUGAUCGAUCAGAGUUACAAGACCUAAAUGACCCAGAAUCAUGGAAGCCAAUGGAGUUCAAAUCUAACCAGUGGUUUGGAGCAACAGUGCGAGCCCAUGGGAAGUCUAUACUGGCUUGCGCCCCCCAAUACUCUUGGCGAACAAAAAGCACGCAGCUCCGUGACCCUGUUGGAACAUGCUACUUGUCGGUUAACAACUUCACCAACUUCUUGGAGUACUCACCUUGCCGGACGGAUUUAAGUGAUGAAUCUGGCCAGGGGUACUGCCAAGGUGGCUUCAGUGCCGAAUUUACAAAGAGUGGAAGGAUAUUAUUAGGUGGACCAGGCAGCUACUUUUGGCAAGGUCAGGUGAUCACCGCAACACAAGAUGAAAUUAUCGACUCUUAUUACCCAGAAUACUUCAUUCUUGAAAUCAAAGGACAAAUGAAGACACGUCAAGCUCACAUCGCUUACGACGACAGUUACUUGGGUUACUCUGUUGCGGUUGGGGAAUUCAGUGGAGAUACUUCAGAAGAUUUUAUCGCUGGCGUUCCAAAGGGAAACAUGACUUACGGCUAUGUGACCAUUUUGAAUGGGACAGAUCUGAGAUCCCUGUUUAACUUUUCAGGAAUCCAGAUGGCAUCAUAUUUUGGAUAUUCUGUUGCAGCCACUGAUCUCAACAACGAUGGGUUAGAUGACCUCCUGAUUGGUGCUCCACUCUUCAUGGAAAGGACACAUGAUGGCAGAUUGCAGGAAGUGGGUCAGGUCUAUGUAUACCUGCAGGGGGAGAGUAUGUCAUCUGACCCAGACUUAACGCUGAGUGGUGAGGAGGUAUACGGACGUUUUGGAAGUUCUAUAGCUACUUUAGGAGAUCUGGAUCAAGAUGGUUACAAUGAUGUUGCAAUUGGAGCUCCAUUUGGAGGAAAGGAUGGCAAGGGUGCUGUGUUCAUCUUCAAUGGAAAUUCGGAAGGCCUGAAGCCCAAACCUUCUCAAGUCUUGCACGGGGUGUGGGGAACAUCUGAAGCCCCUGCAUUCUUUGGAUUUUCCAGUAGGGGAGGCAAAGACCUUGACGGAAAUGGCUAUCCAGAUCUCAUUGUGGGUGCUUUUGGUGUUGAUAAGGCUCUUGUAUACAGGGCACGUCCUAUAGUCCAUGCCAGCGCCUCCUUGCAAAUCAGUCCUUCUAUGUUUAACCCAGAGGAGAAGAAUUGUCUGAUUGAAGAGACCGGCAAUCGCGUUUCUUGCAUUAACCUCAGUUUCUGUCUAAAUGCUUCAGGAAAACAUGUGCCUCGUUCUAUUGGGAUUAAUGUGGAACUGCAGCUGGACCGACAGAAGCAAAAAGGAGCUGUGAAGAGAGCACUGUUUUUGAAAAGCCAUCAACCCAACAUGAUCCAGACCAUUCACUUGCGCAAUGAAGGCCAGGAGGAAUGCCGCAACCUAAAGAUUUAUCUGCAGGACGAAUCAGAGUUCCGGGAUAAGCUUUCUCCAAUUUACAUCGCUCUGAAUUUCUCUCUGGAUCCUAAAGCCCCAGCUGAUACCCAUGGGUUGCUGCCAAUCUUCAACUACCAGACGAAGAACUAUAUUGAACAGAAGGCUCAAAUCCAGCUGGACUGUGGUGAAGACAACAUCUGUGUGCCAGAUCUGAAGCUCAAUGUCUCAGGAGAUCGGAAAUCUGUGUAUCUGGGAGAUGUGAAUGCUCUCACAUUGUUGUACAAUGCCUGGAAUGACGGCGAAGGAGGGGCGUACGAGGCUGAAUUGGUGGUCACGUUGCCCUCAGAAGCAAUGUACAGUGGUGUUUUGAGAACCAAUGAGAAAUCGGUCGUAAAUUGUGAAUACCAUUUGGAGAAUAAAACUCAGCUAGUGAUUUGUGACCUUGGAAACCCAAUGAAGGCUGGAGAAAAUCUGAGGGGAGGACUGAGAUUUACGGUGCCACAUCUACGUGAUUCUAGCCAAAAUGUGCAAUUUGACUUCCAGAUUCGCAGCAAAAAUGCAAACAACUCUCAAAGUGAACUGGUGCCGUUAUCUCUGACUGUGGAAGCCUACUCUGCCGUUUCAUUUUUUGGUGGUUCAAAGCCAGAUAGUGUUAUCUUUCCAAUUGCAAACUGGAAACCCACCAAGCAGCCUACUCGAGCGGAAGAAGCCGGUCCAGAAGUUGAACAUGUGUAUGAGCUGGUAAACCUUGGACCCAGCUCCAUCAGUCAUGGAAUUUUAGAAAUGAUUUGCCCAGUGAAAUUAAAUAAAGAGUUUGUGAUGUACUUCAUGAAUUAUUCUGUUGAACGCCUGGCCAACUGUACCACUAGUGAACCUGCCAACCAGCUUCUCCUGGAGCGUUCCACAGCAGAACAGUCCUCAACACAAAAUUCAAUCCAUCACGUGGAGCGGCGAGACACUUCUAAGCAAACCCAAACAGGAUCCCAUGUUUUGAAGUGUAAUCAACGACACAUGGACUGUUUCCGUCUGCGCUGUGACAUCGGACCCUUAGAAAAAGAGCAGCGAGCUAUCCUUGGGGUCAGUUUCCGUAUAUGGGCCAACACCUUCUAUCAGAAAGAGAAUCAGGGAUUUGCUCUGCAGUGUGAAGCAAAAUAUCACAUUCAACGACUCCCAUACAAGAUCAUUCCUCGCACAUACCCACAGGGGAAUCAUCAGGUCAACACAACCAUUCACUGGGUAAAAGCAGAGAGCAGCCAUGGUGUCCCGCUGUGGAUUAUAAUCCUGGCCAUUUUAAUUGGUCUUCUACUGCUUGCAUUGCUUAUAUAUGUUCUAUAUAAGCUUGGCUUCUUUAAACGCUCCCUACCUUAUGGAACAGCAAUGGAGAAAGCUGAACUCAAGCCACAGGCUGCAUCCGAAGCCUAAACUGCCUCUCCAGCUUUUUAAUCCCUUGCACUGCCAAAGAAUCCUCGGAAGGAAAAUUGACCUAGAACAGACUAAUUCUGACACUACAUUGGAUGUGGAGGGAGGGAAUCCAAGAAGAUGCCUUUCUUAUUUUGAAAAAUGAUCCUCGUGGAUUUGAAAGACCCAAUUUACAGAGGGCAAUGGUGGAUAGAUGUAUACCUUUUUUUUUUAUUAUUUUUUUUUUUUUUUCUGGAUUUCUAUGAAGAUGAACUUUCUUGAAGAAACUUUUAAGAACAAUAUUUUUAUUUAAAAAAAAAAAAAAGUUUUUCUCUCUCCAACCGUCCAAAGCAAGAGAAGAGUCACAGAACUUUGUUUUAAACCAGACAAAACUGUUCGUGAAACAAAUUUCCACCAUCUUUCUUGGGUCAUUUAUGAUGCAGGUUUAUCUGAUAUGGAAUACACAAUGUGGGUUCUUUGUUGCUUUCUUAAGCAAUUAUUUUUUUUCCUUUCUGCUCCAGAUUUUACUGGGACAUCUUGAGGAAACAAAAGGACUGUUUUUAACUGAUGAACCUAUUUCAUAAUUGUGUUUUUUUUUUUUUUGUCCCAAUGUAAAUUGGUAAGAGUGGGUUAGGUAAAACCAGUAUUUGAAAUUUAAAGGUUAAAUUAUUAUGCUUUUUAACACAUGUAAGUGUGCUGCUCUAUGCAGAAUAUGUAGGAUUUUAGAUGGAAUCCCAGUUGCAGUGAUAAAAGCACACUGUGAAUCUAGAGCUUCCUGUACCCUAGAGAGGAGUCUGGACAGGGUUGCACAGAACCUCUGAUCCACAGAUCUUUUAAGGUGGAUUAUCUAGGCACUGCUACACUCUUCCUAGACAUGUGUAUGUCCACAGAUGAGACAACAGAGCUGACAAUUCAAAAAUUCCUGUGGUAGUGCCAUAGUCUACUUGUCGUGAUUUUUUUUUUUUUAAAUGUUGUGCCUUAAGUUCUGAAAUAAUGAGCAUAUCAACUCUGUUUUAGCUUCUUCACUAACGUGUAAGAUAGCUCUGAUCACCACUGGAAAGUCGUGUUCUAAACCUUUUUUUAAAAAAAAAUCAGACUGUUACUUGUGAUGUCUGAAUUUGGGGAGACACAACUAUUACAGAUCACAAGCCUCCCCUUUUUAUGGUAACUGUGUUUACAAGUCCAGACUGUCAACUUAGAGACUUUGUGGAGGCUGGGGAGGUUUGAGAAGGUCCACGUUUAUAUGAAGGAGUGCUAGUCUAGUUUUAUUUUACUACCAGCUUAUGUCCCUAUUAUAAACCAUUACCAAUGCUGGAAGGGGUUUUGUGGGACAGCACUGUUUGAUAAAUGUGGAAAAGUUUGCUGGUCACUGCUAAUAAUUAGGGACUGAAGACUCAGGGGACGUGUGCUGUAAUAUAUUGGAGCUAUUCUUUUUCUCGAGCUCUGAUUGUAUCUGCGUGGACAGGAGCUGGUAUCAAACACCCAGAGUCCUUCACGUUUUUAAGUACUAUGUACAAACACCAAAGGCUUCCUGUAACAAAUCAGGUAUAUGAACGAAAGCCACAAGCCUCUUAGAUGUUGAAACAACGGUGGGCUGUUUGUGCACCCAAAUGAACACUGACUCUGUUAUCCACUGCAAAGCUGCAAUGACCACUUCACUGCUUGGGAACCGUCAUUAAAUUGUGGUGCUUUUAUGUUGCUUGGUUCCUGACCCAGAAGUGUUAAAAACACAUGGACAGAAAGGGCUUUGCUAUCUGGCUGAUAUUUAAAAUGUGUUGCAAGUGCAAUAAGUGUGUUUUUAGCUAUUUUUAUUAUUAAAUAUUUUUUUACUAUGUAUUUGAUAUGAA